AUGGCUGCCCGCAGGCUGGCCCCGGCGCUGCGGCUCCUGCUGCUGCUUCCCCACAUCCAGGCAGCCCCACAGACAUCAUUAACUCCAUCUCAUUCAUGUGACACACGUGAGAACUGGUUCUACGAUGAAGCUUCACGAAGCUGUUGUUACCAGUGUCCCCCAGGCUAUGUUAAAAAGAAAGCGUGUCCCACAGACCCACGUCACUGCAUGAGGUGUGGACCUGAACAAUAUCUAAGCGAGGCAUCCCAGAAGCCACGAUGUGAUGCUUGUGUAUCAUGUGCAAAAGAGUAUGACCUUGUGGAAAAAGCCCCCUGCUCCUUCAAUUCUAGCCGUGUGUGUGAGUGCCGACCAGGCCUGUUCUGUCAGAUGCCUCUUGAGAACACCUGCGCGCGAUGCCAGCAGCACACUGUUUGCAAGCCUGGUUUUGGAGUCAAAGUCAAAGGCACCUCAACAACUGAUGUUUCUUGUGAAGAGUGCCCUCCUGGGACCUUCUCUGAUCAGAGCUCCAGCACGGACAUCUGCAAGCCUCAUACUGACUGUGCCAAGUUAAACAAAGUAGCAGUGAGCAAAGGAAAUGCCACGCACGAUCAAGUUUGCAUGGACCAAGCUCCCACUUACCUCACCUCAGGUGUUUUGUCUGUGAGAUUAAGCAAUAGAACAAAUAGCUCUGAUGUGCUCACGCUUGAGAAGCUGGUGACCAUUGCAAGUAUAACUCUAAGUGACACAACGGCUGAAAACCCCAGUUCAACUGCUGAGGAGAAAGCUCUGGCUGGCACCUUUCCUACUUCAGAUGUCAAGGGGAAGAAAACAAGGGGAGGUGUUGUUCUUUGGGGAGUUGUUCUCUCCGUGGUAGUACUACCUGUGAGCAUGCUGUUAUUUUGGAAAUGGAAGGUUUGCAAGAGACGGAUCCUCAUCCUCAAAGGAAAGCGUUCUGAUGCAGUGAACAAAUGCACAAUCUUGCUGACUCCUGACAAAAUGUCAGAAGAGAAGGAGUUAAUUGACAGAACCCUCCCUUUGGAAACCAACAACUUGGUGUCCAGCACCGAAAAAGUGGGUAGUCCUGAUCUGAAUCUGACUGAGGUGACACAGAGCAGUGGAAAUGCCCUGGAUGGCCCUGUUGAUUCUCGAGUGAGAGACCACACAAAUAACCGAAUUGAAAACAUAUACAUCAUGAACGCCGAUACUGUCAUUGUAAGCACUUCCAUCUCAGAAGUGUCUAGUGGCAAGAACUCUGCUGUCAGAGCAUGUGAAAGUGAUAUCGAUGUCCAGGAAAACAUGGAAGAACAGGAGCUGGAAAUCCACUACCCAGAGCAGGAGACAGAAUCUUUUCCUGGGAAUGAUGUCAUGGUUCCCGUGGAAGAGGAUGGAAAGGAGUUUCACCACCCCACUACUGCCACUGAAAAGUGA